AUGAGGAAAGAAAUUAAUUCAAUUAAGAAGUAAUUCUCAAAUUUUUCUGGAAUUAUUAUAUAAAAGUUUAAAUUAGAAAAUGAACUGACUGUUAUUGAUUGGCGUGAAUAUGUGAAAAAUGUUUUUGAAAGUUAUGAAUUAUGUGAGUGUUAACAAAAUCAAAAUUAAAAAAUUCAAGUUUAAAAUAUCAAUAUCUUAAAGAGUUUGUUUCAUGAAAAGUAAAAUCAUGAUUCUUUUGUUUUAUCAGAAUGGGUUAAAAUAUAAGAAAUUAUUAAUGAAGAUGAUCAAUUUAUAUAUCCAUAUAUCAAAUUAGCAUCUAAUUUUGAAGAUCCAAUACUAUCUAAUGAUAAAUUAUCACUUCUUUAAAUUCAAUAUAAAUUAUCAGAUAUUUAAAAUUAAAUAAUUGUAACAACUUAUAGCUACAUUUUUCCUAUUGUUUCAAAAGAUUUUUCUAAUAAUCCAUUUUGUAUUGUAGAAAUUAUUGAUAUCCUCCACAGAAUAAAAUUAUAGCAUAAAAUAUAAGUUAAGUUGAUUUGA